UCAAACCAGGUUGCAUUGGACCAUAAUAUUUACAACAUAUUCAGUGAAGUAAUCUUCAAACUAGAAUCACAUUUAUUUNAAUGGUGGUACUCUGCUUUCCACAAUGUCACUGCUAUGGUUGGCGCUGGAGUCCUCAGUCUCCCUUACGCCAUGGGUCCUGGAGUAACGGUUAUGGUGAUAUCAUGGAUCAUCACACUAUACACUCUGUGGCAAAUGGUUGAGAUGCACGAAAUGGUCCCUGGGAGGCGUUUCGACAGGUAUCACGAGCUCGGCCAGUAUGCCUUUGGCGAGAAGCUCGGCCUCUACAUUGUCGUGCCUCAGCAGCUCGUGGUCGAAGUUGGGGUCGACAUUGUUUAUAUGGUCACCGGAGGAAGAUCGCUCAAAAGAUUUCACGAUUUGGUUUGCAAUGAUUGCAAAGACAUAAAGCUCACUUAUUUCAUAAUGAUAUUUGCUUCUGUCCAUUUUGUCCUCUCCCAUCUCCCCAACUUCAAUUCUAUCUCCGGUGUCUCAUUGGCCGCAGCUGUCAUGUCUUUAAGUUAUUCUACGAUUGCUUGGGGGGCUUCGGUUGGAAAAGGAAAGGAACCCGAUGUGCAGUAUGGGUACAGGGCUUCGACGACAGCUGGCACAGUUUUAAACUUCUUCAGUGCAUUGGGUGAUGUGGCGUUUGCGUACGCGGGUCACAAUGUAGUGUUGGAAAUACAAGCCACGAUACCUUCGACACCCGAGAAGCCUUCGAAGAUAGCCAUGUGGAGAGGAGUUAUUGUGGCUUAUAUUGUUGUUGCUAUGUGCUACUUUCCAGUGGCCUUCAUCGGCUACUGGAAGUUCGGUAAUGGUGUUGAGGAUAAUAUCUUAUUGACUUUGGGGAAGCCCGUGUGGCUAAUCGCCAUGGCUAACAUGUUUGUUGUGGUUCAUGUUAUCGGAAGUUAUCAGAUAUAUGCGAUGCCGGUUUUUGACAUGAUCGAAACCGUACUAGUGAAGAAGCUCAGGUUUAAGCCUACAUGGUACUUGCGCUUUAUCUCUCGGAAUCUUUACGUGGCAUUUACAAUGUUUGUUGGAAUUACCUUCCCCUUCUUUGGUGGGCUGCUAGGAUUUUUCGGUGGAUUUGCUUUUGCGCCGACCACAUAUUUCCUUCCCUGCAUCAUGUGGCUUGCCAUCUACAAACCUAGGAAAUUCAGUCUGUCCUGGUUUGCUAACUGGGUCAAGAAGACCAAGAAGCAACCCACCCCCUCUGUGUCUAACGCAGACCCAAAGAAAAAAGGCCGCAUCGACCCAGACCGCGCUGAGGAGGUAGAGCAUGUGGAGGAGGUCAUUCCUCCUUCAUCGCUGGUUGUCGGCUCGAGCUUAACCUCCAAGGUGUUGUCGGCCCCCGACACUGGUCGCUGGGGCGACGAACGCCAGAAGAGGUCGGACUACGCUGCUCGGACACUUGGCUCAGUGCCCAUGCUCGACCAGGAGCUGAACUGUUCAGGCGAGCUCAAGAAGGAGAUGGCCCAAGCCAAGGAUGACGCUCGCCACCUCUACAAAUAG